AUGUAUAAUUCUCAAGAAAUAGUAUCUAUAUCUAAUAGAAAUAUUCCAUCUCUUAUUACAUUACCUGCCGAACUUGUCUAUUCUAUUCUCGACAAUCUUGAUAUGUUAACGAUACUUAUAUCAUUUUGUAAUGUUUGUAAAAGACUAAAGAAUAUAACAAAUACUUAUCAUCGAUAUAAAACAUUUACUAUAUUGAAUCUUACUCAUCAUAGAAUCAAUGAACAAGAAUUCGAAUGUCUAGUCAAUACAUUGCAAAAUAAUAAAACAUUAAUAGAAAUUCAUCUUCGAUGUAAUAAAAUUGAUAAUCAAAAGACAAAAUCUUUAACUGAUGUACUAAAAACUAAUACAAUACUUACAACACUAGUUCUUUCGAAUAACACAAUCAGUACUGAUGGUGCGCAAUAUUUAGCGAAUUUAUUAAAUAAUAACAAAACACUAAAAGAACUUGAUCUUGGAUGGAAUCAAAUUACCUCUGAGGGUAUAAGAUAUAUAGCUGAUGCUUUAAAUAAUAAUCAUACAUUGACUAUUCUAAAUCUUCAAAUCAACAAUCUUGGUAAUCAAGGUACACAAUAUUUAACAAAUGCUUUAGAAAAUAAUAGAACACUUAUGACAUUGAUUCUUUCCAAUAACUGUAUUGAUUAUGAAGGUGCACAAUAUCUAGCUAAUAUGUUAUGCAAAAAUAAAACAUUGACAACAUUGAUUCUUUCUGACAAUAGAAUUGGUUCUCAAGGAGUAAAAUAUUUAGCUAAUGCAUUAUAUAAUAAUAAAACACUUACCAAAUUGCAUCUACGAUUGAAUAGAAUUAAUUCCGAUGGUGCAAAAUAUCUUGCCGAUGCUUUACAUAAUAACAAUACAUUAACAGAACUACAUCUUGGAUGGAAUGAUAUUGGUAAUCAAGGUGUACAAUAUUUAUCAAAUGCAUUAUAUAAUAAUCAUACACUUCAUAUUCUACAUCUUCAAUAUAACAAGAUCGAUUGUAUAGGAGCACAAUAUAUUGCUGAUGCCUUACAGAAAAAUACAACAUUAAGAGAACUUUAUCUUGCAUGUAAUAAGAUCAAAAAUCAAGGUGCACAAUAUUUAUUGAAUAUUUUGAAAAAUAAUCAAACACUAACAACUAUAAAUAUUCAAUCAAACAAAAUUGAUUUUCAUGAAAUUCAAUAUUUAAUAGAUAUAUUAGAAAAACAAAGAAUUCAAUUUUAA